CCAACUGGAGGAGUGUACAGUAUGUUAAUGCAUUAGGGAUGACAGCAUAACAAAUAUAUAAAAAAGGAAGGAGUCAAUUGUGUUCGGUUCACGCACGACAUUUCUAGCUGCUGUGCAGUUUGAAAAGUUUGUCUAACUUUUUACAAUCAAAAAGCUAUUUUGGAUGUAUCGGUCUGGUAUACCAAGAGGAAUAGUGUCUGCGCAUAUUUGGAGCUUCGACGUAUGAGACGUUCUGUACAUCGGAACGGAGUCCUUGUGGAUAUUUACAUGAUACGGAGCUUUAUCAGGUCGUGUGUCUUCGAAAACUAUCUGCAAGAAUAAGAGGGAAACGUAUUGGAUAGUCUUAUUCUGUAGACUUUCUUAGUGAGAUAGAUAUACAUCAUGUUGGGGAGUACGGCGCAGUAUGCAGCUAAGAAACGGAAGAAGCCUGUUCAGAAAAUUCCUAAACCCCCUCCUACAGAUGGCAUCAAAUCGAAUCCGUCAAAGCGCCACAGGGAUCGUCUGAACGGAGAGCUGGACAAGUUGACCGGGCUGUUGCCGUUCUCGGAGGAUGUACGUGCGAGGCUGGACAAGUUGUCUGUGCUUCGGCUCAGUGUGGGAUACCUCAAGGUCAAGAGCUUCUUCAGUGCGACCAUGAAGAAAGGCAGUCCAGGGUGGGGAGUGGAGAGAGCGGUGGGGUUCGGAGGGAAUGGACCGAUCACUCUAGCGAAGAGCACAACCGCCACAACCUCUGUGGAUGCGGUCAUGUUUUCCGAGGGAAACCUCCUGCUCCAGGCCCUGAACGGCUUUGUGCUGGUGGUCACGGCGGAGGGAUACGUGUUCUACUCCUCUCCUACUGUUCAGGACUAUCUAGGCUUCCACCAGUCAGAUGUGGUUCACCAGAGUGUGUUUGAGUUGAUCCACACGGACGACAGGGCCUUGUUCAGACGUCAGCUCCACUUCGCCCUUAACCCCAACCAGUUUGAUACAGAGCCAGGGACAACAGAGAGCCUGCAGCCUAACAACAGCAGUGACAUCACCAGCAACAUAGUGAGCUACAACCCGCAGCACAUUCCCCCUGAGAACUCCUCCUUCCUGGAGAGGAGCUUUGUCUGUCGCUUCCGCUGUCUCCUGGACAACUCCUCUGGCUUCCUGGCCCUAAACUUCAAUGGGCGUCUGAAGUACCUCCAUGGCCAGAACAAGAUGUCAGAUGACGGGACCAUAGACCAUCCCCAGCUGGCCCUGUUUGUGGUGGCUACCCCCAUCCAGACCCCCUCUAUCCUGGAGAUCAGGACCAAGACACUUAUAUUCCAGACCAAACACAAGCUGGACUUCACCCCCACGAAUGUUGAUACACGAGGGAAGGUGGUUCUGGGCUACACUGAGCUGGAGUUGUGUAUGAGAGGCUCUGGAUACCAGUUCAUCCACGCUGCUGACAUGAUGUACUGUGCCGACAACCAUGUCAGAAUGAUAAAGACAGGUGAGAGUGGUCUGACUGUGUUUAGGCUUCUGGCCAAGAAUGGUGUGUGGGUCUGGGUUCAGGCUAAUGCCAGACUGAUCUACAAGGGAGGGAGGCCUGACUUCAUCAUGGUCAGACAGAGACCGUUAUCAAAUAAGGAGGGUGAGGAGCAGCUUCGCCAGCGGAGACUCCAGCUGCCCUUUAACUUCGCCACUGGGGAAGCUGUUCUCUACGAGGUGGGCCUCUCUCUGGACGUAGCUGACGUUCCAACCCAGAGCAAGGGCCCUAAGAUCAGGAAGAUGGCCGAAGAAAUGGCCCUUGACCCCGACUCCCUGCUGGGCUCCAUUCUGAAGCAGGACCAGUCCGUCUAUAUGCAGACCAGCCCCAGCGAGCCCUCCAGCGAGCCCCCCAACCCUCAGGAGCUGUGCUCCUGGGAAGACCAGGCCUUCAGCAACAGCCACGCAAUGGCCAACGUGCCUGGUGAUUCCUGGCAGUCCCAACACCACACUGUGCCCAAGCCGGACGCGGGCAUCAGGGAGGUGUCCACUGUCCACGACCUGAUGGAAACACUGCAGCAGAUCAUCGGGGACAACAGCCUGUGUUCAAGCCUGGAUGUGGACCCCACAGAGCUGAAGGACUGGGAGAACACUCUGCUGAAGAUGAACUCCAGCAACUGUGAGAUGUCCGAGGACCUUGAUGACAUCCUCAACCAUGACAUCCUGUCAUAUGUGGAGGAACAUCUCUUCAAGGAGAAGGGAGGACUCAAGAUGCCCGAGCAUCUGGGCUCAAUGCUGGGGUCCGUCAGUGUCAACAACCCCCUCCUGGAGGUACCAGAGUGCCUUACAAAUGUCGACCUGCAGGGGAAUACCAUGAUGCCUGGAGGGAAGGGCUUCAACUGGGGGGUUGAUCCCCAGCAGAACCAGUUGCUUGGGAUGGGAGGCUUGAGUGGGGCUGAAACAGUGAGUAACGUUCGGGGCAUGAUGAAGCUGACACACAUGGGCUCUCAGAUGGGAUUAAACAGCCCCACACUCCAGGAGGCUUCCUCCAGGAACAUGUUUGCCCAAUCCCUGGGAAAGAACCUGGGCCUGGAGAGCAACGCUAACCCUCUGGCCUUUAACCCUUCACUGACUGGCUCCUGUGCCCAGGUGCGGCAGAACCAAGCCAAAGGUAGGCAGCAAGGCCUCCAGGCCUCUCAGAUGCUGUCCAGCCCUGGUAACGGGCUGGCGUCUUAUUCCCUGAGACAACAGAUGCAGUCAGGCCUUGCCAAUCAGAGCUCUGCCACUCAGGUCAUCCCUGCUCCUAUGGGUCUGCCAAUCCAGAGCCAGCUGCUAGGGUGGAACAUGAAUGAUCAGCCAAUGAGAUUCCAGGACCAGAGCUCCAUAAGCCAAUCAGAUCCCUUUGCAGUGCCCGGUCAGGAAACCAUGUGGAUGCCCUUGCCCUCCAUGCCCAAUACCAACAUGGUGGCCGACACCCUGUUGGAAACCUUUGCCCAGAAUAUUUCAAAUCAACCAAAAGACGUCAUUCUAGAUCCCAACCCGGUUAGCUGCCUACAAGGACACUUUUCCCUGCACACCCACCAACAGCAGCAGCAGAAAAUGCUGCCCACGAUGUUACACCAACAAAAUGGACACCAACACAAUGUCAUGGGCAGCUUUUAUAACAGCCAGGUGUCUGACUUCCAAAUUGCUCCCCAGCUCCCUAUCCCUGGGCUCAAGGCCCAGCCACAGCAGAACUCUCAGGCCCAGAACUACAACAGGGAUCAAACAAUAUCAGGCCAGUAUAGGCCUCAAAAGACCUCUGCUCAAGUCACCCCUCCUCUCGUCUCUUCCAACAGCUGCAUGUUCAGCAGCACCAACCCCCACUUGGUUCCUGUCAACGGGGUCUGUUUAACCCCCAAUACAGCCCUUGGUUCCCUGGUCCCAUCCUCCUGUCAGAGGGCCACGGCCCUCCUCCACGACCACAGUCCCUCCCAGGCCUCCUGCUACUUCCAGGGGAACUCCAGCGGGCCCAUCGUGGGGUCCUCGGCAAUCCCACAAGGUGACACCAACAUCAGCCCUCUGUCCUGUCAGGUGGGGCCUGGUCUAACCCCUGGGGGCCUCACACCAGACAGCCUGCUGGUCCAGCAGCAGUACCUCAACUGCAACGGGCAGACACAGGUUACAAGCUGUCCAAUGGAGGAAAACGUGUCGUUCCAGUUCCCGCCCCUGCCCCUGCCUAACGGAACCACGUACUUCUCAGAGAACAAUCAAACCAACUGUUGCGACUUCUAGAAGGUUCUACGAGGAGGAAGAACCCGCCUUUUGCGCGGCUGAAUGGAAUAUGUUAAGAUACUGAUGAUGAGCCCUGUUCGCUAAACAAAUAUAUACACGGACACAUACAGACUCACACAGCCACGUGCCUUUGGGGAUUCUAUCACCACCAUGCCUUACUUCACCAAGGAGACUGGCCAAGAUGGCUUCCUUCAUUUUCUCUUCUAUGCGUCUCAAAUCGUAUGUUUGGAUGCAAGAUACAAGGCGUUUGGACCAGAGGGUCGCGUGGCUUAUUUUUCUUCUGCAACCAGACUGACUGUCACUGGAGCUCCUCCUUGACUUGCUUUCACCUUGGGUGUGCAUGCCCUGGUUAAAAGUAGUGCACUAUAUAGGGAAGAGAGUGCCAUUUCGGACCUACACUCACGUCUGGUGGAUGUGGAGAAAAGACAGAAUAUAUUUAUUGGUUGUUUUGAAUUGUACCCCCCUUUUGAAUUGUGCUUCGUUGUGCCUCGGAUGUUAAAGAAUUUCCAGAAGAUUUUGGAAAGGGAAGACGAAAGAUGAUGAAGUAAGCAGUAAUAUGGAAGAAGAGAGAGUGAGACGUUGAAUGAGAUUCCUGGGAUUACUUUUAAAGUUGUUUUUUUUUUUUAUCCCGAAAUGCAUUUGAAUAUAUAGGAUCUAGACGAAUUCCAAAAGGAAAGGUGAGAUAGUCGAUGCCUGGUAAAUUGACUACAAUAUGACCAUACGGGCAAGAAGAAGAGUGUUUGCAUUUGGAAAAUGCUAAAUAUGUUGGCAUAUGAUAUUAUGGACAGGAUGGAUAUCAUUACAUCCUGUACAAUAUGUAUGUAUGAAUGAUAUACAGUUUAAACUGUAUCAAAUCCUUAUUUUGAUACGGGGGAGAAAAACUAUUCCCCGGCAAUCAUAAUACUUCAAUGGCCUGAACGAGAAUUGAAAGACAGUUUCCCUCAGUUUGCCUUGUGAUGACUUUUGAGACUUGCCUCAUGUUCUGGCAUCACAAACCAUGCUCCAUUUGGAUAUAUCCUAUUAUUACAAGGAGAUAUGUUAAUCAGAAUGUAAUGACAACAACAAAAAAAUACAUUUAUUUACUCAGCUUUGUUUCGUUUUUUUUUUUUUUUUUUUUAAUGCAUCUUUUGUAUUUUUAUAAGCAUUUAACCAAAACUAUAAAUAUGUAAUUGAGCCAGUUUAGUCUUUUCUGUUAUUUUGUGAAGUGUCCACUGGGCACACACUGGUUGAAUAAACGUCGUUUCCACGUCAUUUCAAUGAAAUGAUGUUGAACCAACUUGGAAUAAACGUUGAAUUGACGUCUGUGCCCAGUGGGAUUCCUGUGCACCUGCCGUUUUAUCCGCUUCCAUUGUGCUUCUAUUGAUACAAAACACCCAAGAAGGGGAGGUGCCUUGGUAAAGUAUUCAUGCAGAAAUGCAUCAGAUAGUUUAAGUGCCUCAUUUGCAUAGAUAUGCAGAUGAGAAACACAUUUCCAGAUGAGAAACUGAUGAACCAAUCAUGGAAAAGCAUAUGAUCACCAGUCAUUUUGAAAAGAAAAAGUAGAGCCACUGUUCAAACUGCAUUGUUGAUAUGCUCUCCUAUGCCUAUGUGGGAAUAUCUUUCACUUUACUUGACUUUCUUUGAUGAAUUAUUUUAUUGCCCUGCAGUUCUACAGGGAAGUAAUACAAUAUUGGCAGCUACAGUUUCAGAAUGAUCAAUGAUCCAAUUCAAUGUGGAUUAUUCAAUGUAUUCUAGGGGGAUCGAGUGCUUUUAAAAAAUUGUACAAAAAUACAGAAUCUUUAAUGAACACCGUAAGUGUCAUAUUGAAAGUAUAUUUGUCUGUGUUCUUGUCUGCAUGCUUCUGCAGAAUGUAGGCACUAUAUAACUAUUGCACUGAGGCCAAGGCGCCUUUCUAUACGCAGUACCAUUUUAAUGCGUACAUACUAUUUUUAAUUUGUAUUUUUAAGUAACGUGGCCUUUAUAAGAUUCACACCUAUUAUUAUACUCUAUUUUAUAUGUAUGUUUUCCGCACACAGAACAGUUAAUGUCUGUAAAGCCCUUUUUGACCUGUUUCCUCAGAACAGUAUUUAUAAAUAUCCACCUUGUGGCUUUUGUUGUUGCUGUUUUUCUGCCUCUAACAAUGUGUCAGCCAUGGCGCUUACGCCUCAAUUGUUAUAUUUCAUCUCCACAUUAUGAAAGGGGGUUAAUGACUUUUCAUAGGUUUGUCUGUUCUUAUCAGAAUCACUUUUACUUGUCAAGUACAUUUACAUGUAUCGGGAAUUUGACCUGGUGAGAUUUAUGUUGUGUUUUUUGGAAAAUGUUUUUUUUGUUUUUAAUUGAUUUUCACAAUAUUCAAUAAAUCUUUAAUGUGAUGGUCAA